AUGUUGAGUCUCCGAUCGCGCGACUGUUCCCUGUUGAUGACGCUAUGUUUACACUCCGCGCCUGCGCAAACACACAGCCCGCGUCACUAGGAGCUGUUUUAUCUUUUUUACUCCCCGCUACUACAACACAACACACAGACGACCGCCGCGCCGUGUGUGUGGUCGGCUAA